AUGACAAUAGAUCCAGAAAGAAACAGCAAUAUAUCGUGUCUGGCACAUGGCGAUCAAGGAAUCCAUAUUAAAUACUUAAAUUCAGAAGUGUUGGAGAAUUUUUCAGUGAUAAUUUUGCAGGAAGGAGAUAAUGUGGGCAAUUUUGUAGGAAGAACUCGCCCCUACCUCUCCCCAGACCAAUUCAAAUCCUUUUACCACUCAAUAGGAUGUAAAGGUUCAAAUCAUUCUGGCUGGAAUUAUAUGGAAUGGACAGAGGUUGAGGGUAGAUUUAUUGGUACAUCUUCAGAAGAUUCUGGGCCAAUUGCUGUCAAUGAAUUUAUCGUUGCAGGAAAUUUCGAACACAUUUCUCUGGCUAUAAUUGGUAAACCAAUCAAAUUCUUCGAUAAAUUUGGUCAAACUACUAUAACUAGUACCUAUAGGGGAUUAUUGGCAGCUGAUGUACUGCCAUUAAACACUAAAAAUUCGAUUUCAGAAUCUAUAUAUUCUAUAAGGAGCAAUUUUGUAGCUUUUUGUAAAAAAUUUCCUCAUAAUCGCACAAAAAAUCUCAACUUCAUGGACAAAAUUUUGGAAAUUAUUACAACUAAUAGCCCAAAUAUAGCUAAUACUUCAAUCAAUUCAAUUGUUGAAACUCUCAAUCAUGUAGACAAUGCUGCUGCUUAUAAAUCACUAUUAAAUUAUUUGCUUGAAUCCAAAAAAUCUUAUAUUUGCAAAGAAUGUAUUCACUUUAACCAGUCAUACCAUAACAAUUGUACACGCAACAAAUUUACUAAAUACUCCAACUGCUAUACCCACAACUGUUUAUAUGGCAUUAAACUCAAUAUUUGGUAUGAAAUAAUUAAUUAUUUGAGUGCUGAUAAUAUUACGGAUUUGGAAAUUUUGACACUAAUGGCAAUUCACAAAUCUCUUGCAGCGCUCAUUUAUGGCAAAUUAAUUAAAACGUUUCAAGAUGGAAAUAAUGCUAAGUCGCUGAAAUUGAUCAGAUGGUUACAUCCCAUAGCAAAUAUACUUGCAUUUCAGGGUUUCAAAUUUAAGUGGAAAUUCAUAACCGAUACUACACAAACAUACAUUACAAAUUGGAUGGUCAUAGACAAAGUACAAUCCAUUCAAGACAUUGAUAAGCUGUCUACAUUAGAUAAUUUGAAAGACUUUACGCUUAACAGCGCCUUUAGAGAUAAACUAAUCGUUUUGAUUGGUAAAUUCAUUGAAGAAAUCGCAGAGAAGUUUGAACAAUCAGUAACAAAUCGUGAUUAUUGGUCAAACAUACUAAUCAUCUGUGCUAUAACACGCACACUAAAACUAACAGAACUUGAAUAUGGCUUUGAAACUUUUAAAAAUAUGGUGUCAAAAAUUGUUACAAAUUGUCCAACCCACUAUACCAAUCAGUGUCUACAUGUAAACCAUGUGUCAAACAAUAACUUGAGUGAUACAUACAAGUUAAUAAUGUUUGUAGCAUACUUGAUAAAUGAUACCCUGCAAUUUUUGAUUGACUGGCAAAAGAUUUUGCAUGUUGCAUUAUUUUCGUUAUCAAAUCCAUCAGAAUUGACCCGUCAUUUAUACAAUGACACUAGAUACUUAAGAUAUGAAUUUUGCAAUUUGACUGGAUUAUUGCUACCAACAGCCCAAGCAGUGAAUAGUAAAAAUGCAUUUAAGCAUGGACCCAACAAAAUUGUAAAUUAUUUCUCUAAAUAUAUCGCUGACACUUCAUAUAUUGUGGAACUAAAAUCCUUCCUAUGGGCGGCACACAAAUACGAAAUAGCAGAGGAAAUAAUAACGCUAUCUGAAGGAAAAUCAGUGGCUUCUAUACUUGCAGAAGUUGAGCUGGCGAUCCUUAAUUCCACACAUAAACUUUUUAUUGAAACUCAACGCAAUUACUAUUUGUCACAAGUAUAUCAUCUUAUCCUAUUGCACCAGGAAGAUAACUUUGAAGAUCUACUUCACUCGGAUGAUUUGUGCAGAUUUCUAAUUGAUGGGUGUUUUAGCAACAAUCCUACUACGCUAGUGAUAUCCAGUAGGGUAUGUGAAGGCCUAGGAAUUGAUGGAGAUAAUAAAUUGGGUACAUGCUGGUUAGAUGAUCUAGAUCAGUCGAUGGAUGAUCAAGAUAACAAUUCACUUAUUAGAUUGCUUGUGUUUGGAAAAUUUGCUAUGAAUAACAAAUUUUCUAAAUCGCCAUUGCUUGUAAAUGCUAUAAAAAGUUUAUUGUCAUAUCUAACGAAUAAGAAUGACACAACAGUGGUUAACCUUGUAACUGAUUUGAUUGGUUCAAUUAUCUAUAAUUUGGAAAAUUCUUUGGCUAACGGUGAUAUAUUGCGGCCUAUGAUUGACUCAUUUUGUCAAUUUAUCAAUCACUUAACGACACUUUACAAUGACGAUUACAACAGCUCUAGUGAACAUAAUCAUAUAAUAUUACAUUGUCUUGAAAUUCUUGUGUUGUUAAGAAGCAAAAAAUUAUUGAUCGCAAGUUUACUAUUUCAAAUACCUGAAAUGUUUCUCAACAAUCUAAUGGAGCGUGAAUGCGACUACACUAGCAUACCUGUUAGUGCAUGGACUGGAUUUUGCUUGAAAAACGUGUUUAUAUAUUCAAUAAAAUUGCUAAUUCACUCAGUAAAUUUAGGGUUUGAUAUAGCACACAAGUUAAUAGUUUUGUGCUUGAUGAUCAAAGAAACUUGUAGUAAUACGGUGUGUAAUUUACAUGGACACUUUAUAGAUCUAUUGGUAUAUGGAGUGAAAGACUACUUGAGUUUUGACGCCGAAAUAGAAGAUACCCAGACACUAUAUGAAUUGGUUGAGUUGAUGAAAAAUAAAGAGUACAGUAUAAGUGAUUCUUUCAAUUUUGAAUUACAAAAACAAUUAAUAUUGAGUGACAUACAACAGAUGGAUGAAUUGGUUGUCAAAAGUGGCAGCAAAGGAAUCCCUCUGCGCAUACCUGUGAACAUUUUAAGGGCAGAUUUGAGAAGCGAUGUUGUAAAUAGUUGCCUUAAAAUGUGUAACAGUCAAAGUAUUACAGCGGCUAUGGAUGGCAUUUGGGCUGACAGUAUUGCAAUUCUGCUAAGUAAAGAAUGGAAUGCACUGAAUAAAUCAUUCAAAAUAGAGCUGGACGGUGAAAUGCUGAGAUAUUACGAAUCAGCGAAUGCAGUGGAUAUUGUAGGUGGCAAAAAUAAGAAAAGGAACAAAAAUAUUGAUAUUUUUAGACAGCGUAAAAAUAUAAGCUCAAGAGCACCCUCAAAACAUGUUGAUGAUUUUGAAUUUGCGGUAAAAUUGGCAUCUUCACGUGGAAAAGGCAAUGCUGCUAAAUCAUUGAAGAUGGAGGCUAACGAGUGGAAAAAUUUUGUCAAUGACUGUAAAACUAUGAAGAUAAAAAUUGAAAAGAUAAUACAAGACCCUGAGAUGUUGAAAAAUGAUGAUGUUAGGGUAACACUAGCGGCUCUAUUGGAGAAACAUACUGGGGUGGCUAAGGCACUAGAAUUGAUUGGUGUCAACUUGGGAAAUUGA